GCAAGCAGGAUUGGGCCCCAGGACUGCUCAUCUAGAUGAGAGCAUCACCCAUGAGGAGCUAUGUGAUGCCCUCAAAGCUUUAUAUCCAAAGUUGCGCACACUGUCUGGUGGAUGGCUACUUUAUAAAUCUACAGGUGGAUGGGGUAGCCGUAAGCUCGCCCUUGUGUCACCCGAUGAUGCUGGGUAUACAGGCAGAUUGUUGAAAUCUGCUGCACAAGGGGGUAAAAAAACUGUUCAUAGUCCCACUUCAGGAGGACCUUGAUACAAGUCCACUGGAACUAACUGAUGAAGCAUUCAAGGGCAUGGCAAAGGCCAUGUGCCAGAAGUGUGGAGUAGAUGUUCCUCUGCAGCUUCUUAAGGAUCACGUCAACUCAUGCUCAGUCAUUGAAAUUGAUGGUGAACAGCCUGUUGAGGAUACAAGUCAUCUUGUUGGGGAAAAAUCUGUGUCAUGUCCAGUUUGCUUAAAAAUGUUUCCUACUGACUGGAUACAGGAACAUGCAUCCACAUGUGGAGAAAGUCCAGUGACACCUGCAGUCACAUCUGCCACAGUGACAUCUGCCAAAGUGACCUAUGAGGAGGACCAUGCAGCCAUUGCUGGAACCUCCACAUCAUCUGCUACUGUUACUGGGGCAAACUGCAGUGUUACUCGACUUUUUGAAGGGGAGCCAAGUCAUCUUGUCCCAUCAGCUUCACACUUUCUGGUUGAAAGCGACCUCUUCCUCAUGGCGGGGAGGAUGAUGGGUCACUCCUUCCUCCACGGAGGACCUUGUCUGUCUGGCCUCAGCCCUGCUAUUGUUCAUGUUCUCCUUGGAGGCACUCCUGAAACGUGUACAGUCACCCUGGAGGACUGUCCUGACUUGGACAUCCGUGACACCAUCAGGCUUUUGGAAGGUGAGUCAAACCUGUCUGAGAAGGAUAAAGUAGAGAUACAGGAUUUGGCUUUUGCUUGGGAUCUUCCUCCCCUGACUGAGGGCAACCGAAAAUGGCUUUUUUAA